UCAUCGUUUCUGCGCUUGUGGCUUAUCCCAGCAGAGGCAGUGUGACCUUGAUCUUGCCGCCAUGGCACCGGUAUCGUGGAUGUUGGUGAUAUCCGCCCUUGCCCUGACCACGGAGGGCAUCAAUGGGUUCAGUGUGAGGCGAGAGCCUGCCUUCGUCAUGCACUCGGGGAGGGUGACGAGCACGAACGGCAGGAGCAGCAGUGCGGUGCACCAGCCACGACAGCACAUCCGGCCGUCGACGACACGUCUUCGCAUGAGCACUGCGGUGAGUGAGAGUAAGAUGGAAGGAUGCCAUGAGGCACUGACGACGGCAGAGCGGACGGACGGACGAAGAUCUGCGCUUUACUUUGUUUCUUCGUGCAUUCUGUGUGUGUGUGGCUGUGUUUGUGUGUGUCUGUUGGUGUGUGUGUGUGCAGGUUGCCGAGGCGCCUCAGGCAGAGGCUCCUGAGACCGAGGAGACGGAAACAUACGCCUUUCAGGUCGGCAAGCCAAGCCACCUGCAGGCAGACGCGCACUCCACUCUCAAUCGCCAGUGAGUGCUGUUUGUUUCCCUUUUUGUGUGUCGAUUGUCUGUCUAUCAGGCUGAGGUGUCGCGUGUGAUGGACAUCAUUGUGAAUUCGCUCUACACCGACAAGGACGUCUUCCUGCGGGAGCUGGUCUCCAACGCCGCAGAUGCGUGUGACAAGAGGAAGCUCCUCAUGAUGAAGGAGGGCGUCUACAACGGAGAGGGCGGCGUCAAAAUCAAGGUAGGUACGGAGGAGAGGACGGGCCCGCCUGUGUGGGUGGGGGUGCAGGAUUCACAUCUUACUCUCUCUCUCUCUCUCUGUCUGUCUGUGUGUGUGUGUGUGUGUGUGUGUGAUAGGCCGACAAGGAGCAGAAGGUCUUGGUUGUGGAGGACGCGGGCAUCGGUAUGAACAAGACGGAGCUCGUCAACAACCUCGGCACCAUCGCUCAGUCAGGCACGGCCAAGUUCCUACAACAGGUGGGCACGUACGUGGGACGGACGCUAUGCGAUGCCACCAACACGCCCCCGCUCCUCUCCCCGGCACGCACUGUUCUGUCCUUGUGUGUGUAUACGUGUGUGUAUGUGCGUGUAGGUCGCCGAGGGCUCGGUUGAGAGCAGUCUGAUCGGUCAGUUCGGUGUGGGCUUCUACUCGUCCUUCCUGGUGGCCGACAAAGUGGAGGUGGUGUCCAAGCGAUUCGGGGACAAACAACAUCGGUAUGUAGUGAAUGGAUGGACACACACAGGCCUGGCCUGCAGAGCAGAGAGGCAUCCAAUCAAUCCACAUGAGAUGUGUGUGUGUGUGUGAGUGCACUCACUGCAGGUGGUGUUCCGUGCCUGGUGGGACUUUCACUGUCGGACCUGACAACUCAGAGGAGAUCGAAGGUGAGGUACACACACAUAACCAAUCCAUCCAACUGCUGAGCUCUUCCUUCCUCGGUGCCUGUGCGUGUGGGGGGGCGGGGCGGGGCGGGGCUGGCAGGUUCUGGGACACGCAUCAUCUUGCAUCUCAAGGAGGACUGCGACGAGUACCUGGAGGACUACAAGAUCAAAGAACUGCUCAGGAAAUACUCUGAGUUCAUUCAGUUCCCAAUCUCGGUGAUUAAGGCAGCCAAGCUUGCCAAGCCAAGCCACCUAUCAACACCAUUAACACCAUCAACACAACAUCCACUCGGGCAGGCAGGCCACCGACACAUUGUGUCGUUGGUGUAAUGUGUUGUGUGCAGGUGUGGUCAGAGAAGGUCGACUAUGAGCGCGUGCCCGACCCCGAUGCACCCAGCAAGCCCGGCGAGACACCCAAGAUGAAAACCGUUACAAAGCGGUGAGUGAGUAAAUGCCAGCAGCCCUCCUCCCCCUCCCCCCGUCUCCCCGCCCCCAUCUCUCUCUCUCUCCGUGUGUGUGUGUGUGGGUGUGUGUGUGUGUGGUAGUUACUUUGAGUGGGAGCGCGUCAACACGCAGCCGCCCAUAUGGCGUCGCAAUCCGGCCGACCUUGUGGACGACGACUACAACGAGUUCUAUAAGUCGACCUUCAAGGCCUACGACGACCCCCUCGGCUACAUCCACUUCAAAGUGGAGGGGCAGGUGGAGUUCUCGAGUGUCCUGUUCAUCCCCGGGAGCAUCCCCUGGGAGCUGACAAGGAACAUGUUCGAUGACGACAGCAGGGGGAUUCGGCUCUAUGUCAAGCGCGUGUUCAUCAACGACAAGUUCCAGGAGGCCAUUCCUCGGUCGGUGAGGGAUGGAUCGCUUUGAUGGAUGGCUUCAUGUCAGUCACCACCACACUCUCUCCCUCUCUCUCUGUGUGUGUAUGUGUGUGCAGGUGGCUGACCUUCAUCCGAGGUGUGGUGGACAGCGAGGAUCUGCCCUUGAACGUCGGCCGCGAGAUCCUGCAGAAGAGCAAGAUGCUGACGAUCAUCAACAAGCGCAUCACCAACAAGGCCAUCGACAUGAUCCGCAAAAUACGCGACAAGGGCGGCGACCAGUGGAACAAGUUCUGGGAAAACUUCGGAAAAUACCUCAAGGUGCGCUGCGCUGCGCUCUCUGUGUGCCGAGACGCAGCCUAACCUGCAGAGAGAGAUGGAUGGAUGGAUGGACGGACGGAUGGAUGGAGACAUGAAUCACAUGCCUCAUCCUGUGUGUGUGUUUGUCAGGUGGGUGUGGUUGAGGACCGUGACAACCAGGAGAUUAUCGCCUCCCUCCUGCAAUUCUGGUCGUCCUCAUCAGGCACCGAACGAAUCGACCUCGGUGACACACCCACACCUACACCCACACCCACACACACAUGCCUUUCCCUCUCUGUGUGUGUCUCCCUGGCUCAGAUGGGUACAUCGAGCGGAUGAAGCCCAACCAAACGGCCAUUUACUACAUAGCUGCCGAGAGCCGCAAGGCCGCCGAGGAGUCGCCGGCUUUGGAGAAGCUGCGGAAGCUCAAGUACGAGGUGCUGUACCUGACGGAGCCGCUCGACGAGUUCUGCAUGCAGUCCCUCGGCAUCAACAAAUUCAGGGGCAAGGAGGUCAUCGAUGUCACCAAGGUCAGACAGAAAAAAGACAAUAAGAGACAAAGGGAGGGGAUUGACCGACCAGCGCGCAGCAUGCGAGUGGCGUGUGUGUGUGUGUGUGUGUGUCUGUGUGUGUGUGGUGCAGGAGGACCUGAAGCUCGCUGAGCCUGAGGCGGAGACCCCCGAUCAGAUCGAAAAGAGGAAAACCAAACGCAUCGAAAUGGAAGGGUACCUGCCUGCCUGCGUGCUGCCUGGAGCAUUCUCACUGAUAUCGUUCAUUGCUAUCUAUCGUGUGGAUGCGUCUAGGAUGUGCACGUGGCUGCAAGACUUUUUCGGCAGCAAGAAGGUGCAGCGUGCCGUGGUGUCUGACCGGCUCACCGAGAGCCCGGCGGUGCUGGUGCAGGGUGAGUUCGGCAUGUCGCCCACGAUGCAGCGAUACAUCCGGCAGCAGGCGGCCGCCCAGGGGCUGUCGGAGAACGAGAUGUACGGUAUGUCGAUGAACCAGGCCGUCCUCGAGAUCAAUCCCGACCACCCCAUCAUCGAGCAGCUCAACGACAUGGUCAAAAAGGACAAAAAUGCUAAGGCCAACAAGGAGGUCGCCACGCUCAUCUAUGACGUCGCAUGCCUUCAGGGUGAGUGAGCAGACAGACAGAGAGGAAGAGGGGGAGGGAGGGGAUUGAUCUCUUUCUCUCUGUGUGUGUGUGUCGUGUGUGUUGUGUGUGUAGGUGGGUAUAAUGUGGAGGACCCCGGCAGCUUUGCCAAGCGGAUCACCAGCAUGAUGGCCAGAGAAGCAUCGGUAGCAAUGCCAGCCAGCCAGCCACAGCCACCCAGCCACCCACAUACACAGAUUUCUCUCCCCUGUGUGCGUCUGCAUGUGUGUGUGUGUGUAUGCCAUGGAUGCCUGUCUGCCUGUAGGCCUACAUGACCACCGCCAGCUCACCACCAGCACCAGCAGCUGCACCCGAGCCAUCUGCGUCAGCAUCAGCCCAGCCACCAUCGCCUGCAUCGCCACCAUCUCUGCCAGAGCAAUCCCAACCCAUCAGCCCUGACGCACCACCAUCAUGAUGCAAUCAAUGCAUGGUGGACCCGAGUUAGUGCAUCCGAGGAGUGAUCUUUUAUCGACCUGCGUGGCUGCUUGGUGCGUCCUCACCCAUUCAAUGCUCGACCGUAGGUGUACA